AUGAGGGAAAGCUUGCUGGGUUCGGAGAUCUUCGUUAUGGCAUUUCACUAUCCGGGGUGGAUGCAACAAGUGAAGGGAUUGGAAGCAGUCCCUUGCAAAAUCGUCGGCCGCUUGCAAGUUGAGUUGGGGCCUGGUGACUAUGUAUUUCAGAAGUUAAAGACGAAUGAUUUAUCUCAGAUACCUCGAGAGAAGGCUGCGAUUUGCGCCACAAGUCAGAAGGCGCCACACAAAUGCGACCCAAUCAGAUCGCAGAGCUUCCGGCAAUUCUUUCCCAAGCUCUUAGCUCCCACCCCUGUCAGUAAGAGCAUCUCCGAACGGAAACUGACGAAGAGAAAUCGCCCGACGAAACCCUCCACUCCCGUUCACGACAACGACCUGGCAAUGCCACAGCGCUUGCACCAGAGGACAUAA